AUGCUCUACCUCACUUCUCUUGUCUCUGCUGCUCUUCUCGUCGCUAACAGUGUCGUCGGACACCCCGGCGAAGCUCCUCCGACUUCAUUCGAGCUUAGUCGUCGUGCUGAGCUUGAAAUGGUCACCCGCCGUUCCCUUGCGGAUUGUCAGAGCCAUCUUGCUCGACGUGGAUACACAGACAAGACUGCUGCUCGUCGUGCCGCGCUUGCUGAGGAGCUCCGACAGAAGCGUGGGCUUGCGACUCAGGUGGUGGGUACUAGCCACCUGGCAAAUGUGACGGGCCUCGAUCCCUUUACGUCGAACUCGUCUUGUGUGGUCACUCCCGAACUCGAUCUUGGCCCAUACUACGUACAGGGAGGAUAUGUCCGCUCAGACAUGCGUGAAGACCAGAUCGGAGUUCUCGCAUACGUCGACAUAGAGUUAAUCGACGUCUCCACCUGCGAGCCCAUAACCACCGCCUAUCUCGAUGUUUGGCAUUGUAACGCGACUGGUGUCUACGGUGGAGUCGUUGGGAAUGGUAAUGGCGAUGAGAAUGACGCGAGUAACUGGAAUAACACUUUCCUCCGCGGUAUCCAGCAGAUGAAUGACGAAGGAUAUGCUCAAUUUGAAACUAUCUUCCCCGGACAUUAUUCUGGACGCACUACUCAUUUCCACAUGAUAGUCCAUGAAAACGGAACGCUUUUCGACAAUGGUACCUUCUCAUCAGACACUACCCAACAUAUUGGCCAAGUGUUCUUUGACCAAGACCUCAUCAACUCUGUUGAAGCGACCUCUCCCUACACCAGCAGCACCUAUUCCAUAACAUUGAACGAAAAUGACCCCGAUUUCGUGUCGGCUGUCACGCCUGAGACUGGAACCGGCGUUGACCCCGUUUUGGACUAUGUCUACCUCGGCGACGACCUCUCGGACGGUCUCCUUCUCUGGGGUACAGUCGGCGUUGACCUUACAGCUAGCUACGAGGCUAAUCCCGGAGGUUAUCUUACUGAAGCCGGAGUUGUCGAAAACACCGAUUCCCGUGCCAAUGAAGGGGCUUCUGGCAUGAAUGGUACUGAUGCUGGCUCUGACGGAUCGGAUGGCACCACUACCACUACUGACAGUGAGAGUAGCUCUACAACCCAGCUGAUAUGCACUUGUUCCUCGAUUUAGAUGCUGGGAUUAUUCAGUUGUGGAAAGAUAGUACUCGUAAAAACGCUUGUUAUUAUUUGAAAAUGCUAGUUGAC